AACUGAAAAGGCAUUAACAGUACAAUUAUAUUUCCACAUACGUGUUCCACAUAACUCAUAUAAAGUCGUUAUUUCUUUUCACUUGCAUAUACGACGUAAGCUGAGUUGUAUUAAGAUUUAAGUCAAGACAGACAGUGUUCCACAUAAGUCAAGUCCUCCUGAUUUAGGUAUUGGUAUUUCCAUGCAUACAUUUUCUUUUAAGAAGAACGUGGUUGAUUGGUUGGUACCGAAUCAGUACCUAGUUUCACUUUGGUUGGGUACUAUUAGUACCUUGCAUUCUUCGAUAUUGAAUCUCAUUAUUGAAUGAAAACUUCAUUUUUAGAUUUAUAUAAUUCACCUUGUAUACAUAUUACAUAGUGGCAAGGAAUCUGCAAAGCGUAAUUGCCAAUUUCUGCGGGCCCAAAUAAAUAAAUUACAAUACAAGUUAAUACAGAUAUUAAACAACAAAGAACAGUAUAAUAACUGCAGUCCCUACAUAUGCAGCACUGUCAGCACAGGCUUGUGAGAGUACGAACAAAAUUACACUUACCUCAACAUCGUAACACGAGUACAAAGUCAAAGAGGAAAUGCAACACUGCCGACUUAUCCGUAUUCAAAUUAAGUUCAUCAACGAGAUGGUUCCAUAUUCGAGUUGCCCGAAUCAUCAGUAAAAUUUUUGAUAUUUUGUUACUGUUUUGCAUUUUGGCACGACAAACUUUAGGACUGUUAUUGGCGGAGGAUCUGGAAGUGCGGAUAGUUGGGCGUAGUGAUGCUUGAAUGAUUACUAGUUUGUGAGUAGUAGUUUAUAAAAAAGCACCAUGUCUAGAUAUUCGUGCCAAUAGCAAAUCGGUAUUAAAGAGGCCUAAGGUUUGAAGUCUGGUGGUAUAGUCAGUAGAGGAGAAUGGAAGACUGAGGAUAUAUUUGGUUGCUCGGCUUCUCUAUGUUCGUUCAAGGUGACGUAUUAGUUCGAUGGAUUGUGGUGCCCAUAGUUGGGUAGCAUACCGCAGGUGUGGCCGAACUAGCGCAAAGUAUAAUGUGCGUCUCGCUUCGUUUGCACUUAGAACUAGCUGGCCAUCAUCCACAGAUCUCAUCUCUCUGUGUAAGAUCUCAUCUCUCUGAGUCAUGUGCAAGACAAUGCCGAGUUUUGCACCAGGUGAAACAUCAGGCACAGACAGGAAGAUCAUUGAUAAAUAUCACAUAAAACAAGUUGCCCGAAUCAUCAGUAAAAUUUUUGGGAACGAUCUCACAAAGAUAGUUGGGCGUAGUGAUGCUUGAAUGAUUACUAGUUUGUGAGUAGUAGUUUAUAAAAAAGCACCAUGUCUAGAUAUUCGUGCCAAUAGCAAAUUGACCACGAAAUUGAAGACUGAGGAUAUAUUUGGUUGCUCGACAAAAUUUUCGACAUUUUGGCGAACCCCCCCCCUGUCGCCAAAAAAUUUUCGGUCAGUGGUGUACCAUGUUAGGGGUCAACCAAAAUUUUUGGGAACAUCACACAAAUUUUCCAAACAACACAAAAUUGACCACGAAAUUGACUGAAUUUCCGACAAAAUAGACAGAAUUUGUCCCAUUUAUUUUUAUAAUUAACCAAAAUUGCCCGACUGUUCAUUGAAUAUUGCCCGACUGCCCAUCAUCCACAGAUCUCAUCUCUCUGUGUAAGAUCUCAUCUCUCUGAGUCAUGUGCAAGACAAUGCCGAGUUUUGCACCAGGUGAAACAUCAGGCACAGACAGGAAGAUCAUUGAUAAAUAUCACAUAAAACAACGGGUCCCAGGAUGCUGCCUUGAUGCAGCACCCUUCUGAAGACAAUGCAGACAUGAUGCCAUGGGCGUACCGGAAGGAAAAAAUUAGGGGGGCGGAAAGAAAUUUGCCCGACUUUUCGGGAUUGUGCCCGACUAGUAUCGAAAACAUUUUUUCCGGAAAAAGGAUUUUGGCGAACCCCCCCCCUGUCGCCAAAAAAUUUUCGGUCAGUGGUGUACCAUGUUAGGGGUCAACCAAAAUUUUUGGGAACAUCACACAAAUUUUCCAAACAACACAAAAUUGACCACGAAAUUGACUGAAUUUCCGACAAAAUAGACAGAAUUUGUCCCAUUUAUUUUUAUAAUUAACCAAAAUUGCCCGACUGUUCAUCGAAUAUUGUUCGAUAACUACAUCGGCUUCGGGCCUGUAAUAUGCAUGAUGCUCCCUAUGACAACCUCGCUGCCAUAUCUCCAUUCAAAUAGUUUUCAAACGGUCAUAAAAGCGGACUUCGCAAAUAUUGGGAGGGAGGGGGGGGGGGGUUCAGGUUACCCUCUUAUUACUACAUAUCUCGGUUCUUAAAACAUCCUUCACAUUUGGCUAAAAUUUCAUGCACAUUUGCCUAAUCACAGUCAAAUGCUUUCAGUGUUUCAUUCAAAGGCUUUCAGAAAUUACUGGGGGUGUCCCUCCAGUGUCUGCCACUGGGUUUUAAAAGAUCAGUGGUUUAGACGGGGAGUUAAAGAGUUAAAAGAUGCUGAACUGCUGGCCUGAUUCAGUUACUGAACAUUUCAAACAGUGAAGUCAUCAUCGUCAACUCUAUAAAAUGAGUACCUCUUGGCAAGGUAAACCUCAAAUGCUCACUAGCUAGGACCAUGGUGUCAGCAUUUUGAUGAAUCAUGGCGUGGCAGCGGUUACUCGAGUCGACCUUCUGUGUGCCUUACUCUAUGAUUUAACUCAGAGUUUUUCAUUUAUAAAGCUUGGUAGUUGGUAUAUAGUAAUACAUACGCAAUAAAGCACUUUAAAGUGUAAGUACAUUUAUGACUAUGUCACAAUGCAGUUUUUAAAUAUAAAUGCAGUUUUUAAAAUAUCCAUAAAGUGUCACUAUAUUCCAGUCAACUUGAAAAAAGAACUUUAUCCAAAAAUAACAUUAUUGUGGUUUGAAAUUUCUCCAUUUUAAUCAUAGUAUAGUUAGUUUAUAUUCUUCAGAGUUAUUCGUCGUUUUCGAACUCUUUGGGGUCCUUUCUACUCAGCCGAUGAUUUUCAUUCUUCGCCCAGUUAAUGACCAAGAAAGCAGAGAUAAAAGCAGGCAAAAUGUAACCAAUUGAACCCGUAAAACGACGUACAACAUUUGGACCACUCUUUGAAAUGAAUCCAGCAAAAGCACGUUGUUCAAAUGGCGACAACGAGUACGUGAUAAUGUUCUUAGCUUUAAUAAGAUUUCCAAAUUCUUUACCACCCAUCUUAGACGAGAUUUAGAGAAACUUUAUGUACAAUUUCACUGCUAAUUUCCACAAUUUCACUGCUAUAAAUUCCACUCGCUAUUAAUUUUCAGCCAAUAUGGAGGAGCAAAGAGAACGGGAUUGUGAGGAACAUAAGGGGAGAAACAUGACGAAUAUGGAUAACAAUUGUAUUUUAGCCUUUUAGGGGAUUAAAUGUACUCCAAUUUCUCCUAAGUGUUUCUUAUUGUCCCUAAUAACGUGUAUGACCCCCACAACACAGACCACAAUACAAUAUGAAAAUUCGAAAUUGUAAUUUGUCAAAAGUGAUAAAGACAUUGCUAUAAACAUUGGAAUGCGUUUAUUUUGCAUACAAGGAAUCCUUAUGAGGCCAAUGGGACGGGGAUGUAAAUUAAAGUAAAUAAGGUGACGUUGCCAAAAACGAAGGUUUAUGCCGUUUGAGUGGAAGUUGUUUCAUAACUCUUACAGUACUAUGGACGAAACGCCAUCUUCUGGUAUUCCUAGAUAUGGUUCUAUUCAUAAUUCCAAUACAACAAACGAAAGACUUGUCAUACCAACUCGAGUACUCACCAAACAACUUGAGAUUAAACACGAGAAGAGCCUCAAACGUAACUUAUCAAACAUAGUUAAAACAACUAAAUACACUAUAUGGAAUUUUCUACCAAAGAAUUUGUUUGAACAGUUUCAUCGUUUUGCUAACAUAUAUUUUCUGGCAAUAGCGAUUUUAAACUGGGUCCCGGCAAUUAAAGCAUUUGCAAAAGAAAUAACAAUGAUUCCAUUAUUGAUUGUUCUCAGUGUGACAUUGGUGAAAGAUUUAUAUGAAGAUCAGAGACGAAGGAGGUCAGAUAACGAGGUCAAUAACAGACAAUGUCUUGUCUAUGAUGUGUAAGUGAUGUGUAAUUUAUACAUUUGCAACUGGAUAGAUCAUUUUCAUAAUUAUAAUAGAGUGCUUAAACAAGUGAUGUUUUUGAAAACAUAUUACCAACACACAUAGACAACACACAUAUCAGCUGUUACAGUAAUUAUGAUGUCAGCAGUUUCAUGCUUUGAAUCAAGAAAACCAUGCGAAUGUGGGGUCAAUCCUUUAAUUCCAGGGGGAAUUUGAAAGUGUCCAGACAUUCCAAGUUUCCCGCAAUUACCGUGAAAUUCCCACAUUUUUGGGUUUUUUUUUUCACGCAUCACACAUGAAGUGACUUUCUUCUCGCAUUUUUUAAACUUAACUUGUGGAGGUUUCUUCCUGUGGGGCAAUUACUCCCAUUUCUUUCCAUUUGCACAAUGUCCAAUGCAUUCUUUUUGCCAAUGUCAGUGCCCAGAAGUCUUGAAAAUGUGUGUCUCAAUUGCAUAUCAAAAAGAGACAACAAAUUGGAAGACUCCUGAGCCCGAGGAGUGUUAUUUUUGCCGUUUGGGAAGGAGUGACGCUAACAUUUCAUAUUUUUAUAGCAUGAACACAUAAGGUUUGUGCUUCAAAAAAGGCGGACGAAAAACCUCAGAAAGGCAAUUUUCUGGCGAUCUGGGGAACUCAAAUUUCAAAACUUCACCCUGGGCGUGCCAACCAUGGUGGCACCUCGUCAGUGGACACUAACCUAAGGAAAUUAGCUUCCCGCAUAAAAUUUUUCAAAACUUGACAGUGUCAGGAAUAGUAGUGAAAUACAAUACAUUUUAUAUUUAUGAUUUGAAGGAUUACAACAGCCACCUGACUGGGAAGUUUGAAAAUUGUGUAUGGAUGAUACAUUAGAUUUUGAAAAUUUAAUAAUAAACAGUUAUUGAGUUAUUGGACAAGGUUUUUGUGAUAUCCAGAAUUAUCAAUUAUUCUUCAUUAAUUUGGGAUAUCACAAAAACCAAAUUCAAUAACUGUUUUAUUAUACAUUGCAUUUUCAUUAGCCAUUUGGACAAACAAUGAUUUGUCACACAAAACAAUGUUUGGUUUGCAAUAACAACAUAAAAAUAUUAGAAAUCUCAUUUACCUACCGGUAAUGAAAUUUGGAUAAAAAUGUGCAAAAACAUUGAUGAAAAUGCCUUUUGUUCAUGUUGUUUUUCAUUGUUUUAUUUGUGUAUAUAAAACUGAUGCUUGCUAUAAAAUUACAUACCAUGGGCUCAACUAGCUGACACAUAACUCAGUUAUCUGCAAGCACAUAACUGUGUUAUAUGUAGGUUGCAUGAUUUCCAUAUUUAGCUGUAAGCUAAUGGCCACUCAGAAGACACAUGGUGAACAUCAAACAGUUUGCACCUAAAAUCUUAGUUGCUGAGUUGCACAAUACAAACAUUUCACAGUGGAACAGCCAUUGCCAUAUAUAAUGGGUUUAUUUUGUACUUGUGAUAUCUGUACUGACAACAAAUUCUUGCUUAGGCUCUCUAAUGUCAAAUUAUUACACUGUUUUGAGUUACUUUGUUAAGAUUGGUGGUUUUCAAUGUAUUACCAUUGCCCUGUUUUAUUAUUUUACAACUUAGUGGUUAAAGUGCACAGCAAGACCAAUUUCUGUAGAAAAGAUGAAUUGUCAUAUUACACAUUUUAACGGAUUAAGAGAAAAUAGGAAACUCUGACUAUUUGGAGUAUGUCCGUAAAUUCUUAUAUUUCUUGAUAUUUUCUGCUGGUAGAGAGGAUUUUAGUGGAUUAACCCAUUGAGUGCCAGCGCUCUUCUCAAUACACAUUGUCAUCACAUACAGUCAUUUUGCCAUCUUGUCCUACAGUAUAUUGAUGUGUUCUUAGCAUGUGAUUAUCUUCCUGUUUAUAUCACCUUAAUUGUUUAUCACAUUCAUCAAACAUCUCAUCCAAUUCCUGGCAGUGUCUUACUGUAUCAGUAUUCAAUAAUUCCCUUGACGGCAUAGUGCCACAGCCUUGACAACAUGCCUUUUCUGAUGCCAAAACUUCUCCUACACCCAUGCACACUUUACAAUAUUCAGAAUACAUGUACAAUACAUGGCACAAUAUGAUUGACUGCAAGAUUUAUUUCAGAAUUUUGUGUCAACCUCAAUUUUGACUCUUUGAGGGCUGUAUUAAUGUAAAUUAUACUCAUGCACUCAGACACCUUAGUGUAUAUAUACAUGUGGGUCGAUACACUCCUUGGAUUAGCAGACCCAGUUAGUCUGAAAAUAUCUGCUAUUUGUGUGUGACUAGCUAAAACUACAUAAAUGGUGCAGUGUAUAAUUACAGUACAAUUCAUGUGAUUUUCUCUGUGAUUACAGACAGACGUUUUAUUGAAAUAGGUUUACUAUGUAUAAAUUGCCAAAUUAUACCGUAAAUUAUGGCAUUAUACUAUUGCAGUCUCGUAUCCAGGAUUUCUAAAUAAUAUGUUUUCCUCCUAGAAACUAUUUUACUAUGCCUAUGAUUGUUAACAUGAUCGCUCUCAGAGAACGCAUCUUUUCCCACGCGUUGGUCGGACAAAAUUUCAUGAACUUCUAAUCAAUUUUAAUAAUUCAAUUGGCGUUCAACCACAAUUAGCCUCGUGAAAUAUUCUAGACAAUUCAAACAACGUGAAAAGCGACUUUUAAAAGUCGUAAUUGUAAAUGUACCAUUAUACAAACAACUAUAAUACUAACAAGUCGCGUUUCGUGGUGCAGAGACUCUCAAACGUGGGAGAGGCAGCACCCCAAAAAUGGCGGGAAAAUCGGCCGUGAUAAAGGCUAAUUUGAUCGAUUUGUUAUUAGCCUAUACAACCUUUAGCUCUUCUGGGUUAUCAUGUGAACAGACAGAGGGAUAGACAACCUGUGGCACUGAGUUAAAAAAUGAUGUGAAAAUAUUAUCAAAAAUCACGGUUUGUUAAGUAGCUGCAUUGGGACGCGCAUUUGUAGUGGCUAGGAUAUACUUUGACUGCGGUAAAAGAUAUUUAAUUUGCUUUCUGCCUCGAAGUCAGAUAUUUUGUUUAAUUACAUUCUGCAUGCAGUAUAAUCCUACUAAGAUAUUUUAAAGAAUACUCUACAACCAUCGCUUUGUUUGUACUUCUUCAGACUGAGUGUUUUUGCUCCUUCAGAUUCAUUCCGAACCAUUUAAUUAAUGCAAUACCAAUGUGUUAAUUAAGUGCAAAACCCUACCAAUCAUUAUUCAAAACCAGUUUAGAAGAAAUGAAUUCUAGCUGUUGCACCAGCUUUUUACGAUUAUUAAUUCUGUUUUAAAACAUCAGUUACUCACUCAAUACUGCACGAAGACCUUAACAUCAAAAUUUAAGUUAGGUCUUUCUAAAACAUAAUAGAACUGCUUUGAGUGAAAUACAGUAGUUUUUCUAGUUUUUAUGUUACAAUAUUUUUAAAUCAAACAGCGUAACUCUUUGGAGGUCACCAUGUGCAUUCAGAGAAGUGAGCAAGGAUUAUUAGCUGACCAAUUUAAAAAAUUUCCUGCAGGAAUUAUCACUAUUUCUCUGUAUCAUUUUGGUAUCAUUCUUACAUUUUUCUAUCUUUUAUACACCAGGCUUUGUCUGAAAAGGGAUAACAGUUGAUCACAGUAGUAAUCUUCCACUAUCUUUACCUUUUGGGGGGAGAUGACGUCAUUGAUAUAUGACGAACCACAAUUUCGACUUCAAAUCAUAUCUUCAGUGACGAAUGACACUAUAGACAUAAGUGUCUAACGCUAGGUCGUGAAAGUAAUUUGUUCGAGGAUUACAUUCAAUGACAUUUACCCAGACUAUAAAGUAGGGAAACAUGUCUAAAGGGCUGUCUACAAGUCACGAUUAGUCGUAUACGAUUCUUAUUCUGGCGUAUGUAAUGGAAUAAACACGCGUGAAGAAUAUUAUCAUUAAACAGAUGAAGAGGAAUUGCGGCAUCAGCGCAGUAAUUUUCAUACACCAGGAUGACAACCGUAUACAUACAUACAUACAUACAUACAUACAUACAUACAUACAUACAUACAUACAUACAUACAUACACAUACACACACACAUACAUUGAUACAUACAUAAAUUAUAUCGUGUAGGUUAGUAGGUAGGCCUUAAUAUACAUACACUAAUUAUACCUUGUAGGCAGGCCUUAAUACAACAAGUUAUUAAAAUGCAAAUAAGUGUAUUUUUACAAUCAAUCCAUUGAUAACUCCAUUGUAAAUUCAUCACCCAACAGAUUGGAUUCUGUGUUGCACAUAGUGAGACUCUAAAGUUAUACUUCCUUAUUUCAGCACAACCAAGAAAUAUGUUAAAACAAAGUGGAAAGACAUUGUUCCUGGCAAUAUUGUGAAAUUAUCAAAUGAUGAAAUUAUCCCUGCAGAUCUAUUGCUAUUGAACUCAAGUGAUCCUAAUGAUAUAUGUCACAUUGAAACUGCUAAUCUUGAUGGAGAAACUAAUUUAAAACAACGAGAAAUUGUCAGGAAUUUUAACCAGGUACAGGUAAUAUGGUUAUCUAUUUUUAACAACAUUAAGGUGUAGAUUAAUGCGUAUUAUAUCCAAGUGGGCUAUUGUUGCAGCUGCUAUUCAAUGGACCCUUUGCAGUUAGGCCAAAAGUUGGUAAUUCCCUGCCGUUCACCGUGUUGUUUAGCAACACGUUGUUUUCAACUAUUUUUAGAAGUUCAAAAGGGUGAAAAUAUUCUACGUUUCUGUAUUAUCCAUUCAGAUAUGAGCUGGGCAAGAGUAUUUUUAAUGGUUCAAUAUUUUUGAUUGCUUAAGGAAGGUUAAACCGGCACUUUUACGAGCUUUCAUCUGGGACUCGUUUUAUAAGUGUUCUUAGUCUUAUUAUAAAAGAUAAAAUAGUAAUUAUCUUUUUAUUUCAGGAUUCAGACUGCAAUGGAGCGGCAGAUUUUUCUUCGUUUAUUCAUUGUGAAGAACCGAAUAGUAAAAUUUAUCAAUUUCGUGGAUAUAUGUAAGUGAGGAAUUAUUUAUGUAAUAUUUCAAAUCCGACUAUGAGGACUGGACUAAAUUUCAAGUCCGCGCAAUUUGAUCAAUUCUAGAACUGGAUCAAUAUACUUCACUAGGUAUCCAGUAUUGUCAUGUGAGCGAAAUAAAGCAAUAUGGUUGGCUAAUGGACCUAUUCCCUAAUGAACAAAAUUUUGAUCUAGAUAAAUCUAGACAAAAAUUUCAUCACAGCUUCACAAGAGAAAGAGCAUCACAAAAAUAGUAAUAUUCCGAAGUUUCGUUGCGAAAUGUUGUAAAAUGCGGAUAAUAUAGCCCUGCGAAGUUUGCCGUUUUUAAGUCAUUUUGUAUUACGCACGGGAAAUUGAUACCGCUUUCUGAAAAAAGGUAUCAAUUUCCCGCGCGUAAUACAAAAUGACUGAAAAACGGCAAACUUCGCAGGGCUAUAUAUUAUCCGCAUUUUACAACAUUUCGCAACGAAACGUCGGAAUAUUACUAAUUUUGUGAUGCUCUUUCAAGCUGUGAUGAAUUUUUUGUCUAGACUUGUCUAGAUCAAAAUUUUGUUCAUUAGGGAAUACAGUAGGUCCAUUUACUCAUAAAUUAUUAAAGUUUCUCAAAGUUUCUGGCAUCGUGUCUUGUUGCCGUAAUUAUGACCACAGGAUUUUAUAUUGUGAAACAGCCCUAAGUAAGACACCUUGGAGCCCAUGCAUAUUUACCACACUGACAGAGGUCCCAGCAGAAAAUUUACCAGUAUAAGGCACAUCUGUGACUGCGCCAUUGCGAGUUGAGAGCGAUGCUGGAUACGAGGUUGUGCAUUUGACGUACAUGAACUACUAUACUAUGUACGUCUAGACUCUCGUUUGUUGUAUUUAGAGAAACUGACGGCAACCGCACUUCAAUUGGGGCAAAUAAUCUUCUUUUGAGAGGAUGUGUUAUUCGCAAUACAGAAAACUUGGAAGGAAUUGUCAUCUACGCAGGUAAACGCAUCACCCAAAAUGAUUAUCUCAGAAGAAAUCCAAAACUACUAUUUUAGUAAAUCAGACAUUGGACGAUUUUGUGACUUGAGAAACCGCAUAAAAAUAGCCAGUUCCUGUAGAGGUCCAAUAGCCCUGGGUACGAGGUUGAGUGCGUUCGUUGUAAACAUAUUCUGAAUAAUAUAGUAUUAAUACAGCAUUUUGCAGGAUGUACUAUUGGCGCUAUGGUAACAAGUCCGUCACUGUACUUGAGUAAUAAUUAAUAUUACCGAAAUCAGUAGAGUGUCUUUUCCAGAAGUUUAAAAGACAGUCAGAAGCCAGUAGAAACGUUCAUGUUUUAUGACGUCACGGUGAAGGAAUGCAGCGUGGAAAGUGAAGUUAGUGAGCUGUGAACACGCCAUGUUAAACAUGUGAACACGCCAUGUUAAACAUCAGUAGAGUGUCUUUUCCAGAAGUUUAAAAGACAGUCAGAAGCCAGUAGAAACGUUCAUGUUUUAUGACGUCACGGUGAAGGAAUGCAGCGUGGAAAGUGAAGUUAGUGAGGUUGUGAACACGCCAUGUUAAACAUGUGAACACGCCAUGUUAAACAUGUGAACAAAGUUUAUAUCAGGACAGCCUAAUAAGAGUGGUUGGAGCACAAGCGAAAGUGAGGUUUUUAUGGAAAAGUGCCAUUGGCAAUUUGUCAAACUAAAUAAAGUUACUAAUACAGUAAGUAAAAUAACAUAAAAGUUCCACGCUGCAUUCCUUCACCGUGACGUCAUAAUACAAGGACGUUUCUACUGGCUUCUGACUGUCUUUUCAACUUCCGGAAAAGACACUCUACUGAUUUCGGUAAUAAUUGUUGAAUGUGGUUGAGCAUGAUAUGAAGAAUUAUCAAGGCCGAAGUUUAUGGCUGAUUUCCCAUUUGCAGAAAAAUGUUUCCUUUUUCCUUUCAUAAGUACAUUAAGAUGUUUCAAAACCUUUCCUGGUUGUAUUCGUUGAUAUUUCUUCUUUAUAUUUUAAAAUUUCCUUCUCUCAAACCAAAGGUGGCGUCAUAUUGUUUUGGUUGUGUUUCCACAUUACGUAUUCCUACUUCUAUACAGCAUGAUGUCGUAACGUUGAUAUGGUCUUUUUAUAUCAACGUUAUAACAUCACUCUGUUUAAUAUUAUGUCAAAUCUCCAAUCAGAAACAUGAAUUAUUUUAAAUAAUUAUUAAUUACCUAUAAAUCUGAUAUUUUAGAGAAAGUUCUGAUAUAUUUCGGACACGGGUAAAAUAUUCAAUUUAUAAGCAAUGCUUCCAAUAAGGGGAGGAUAUAUAGUGGUUCAGUAAGAUGGUAGGUUUUGGUGAAGCGUAACAUGUCAGGAAAAACCAGGGGUUCACCUGCCAUAGAGAAGAUUGAACCUCCAAUUACGAGUAUUGACCCGCCAGCCAAGAAUACUGACGCCCGUAUUCUAAAAGCUCACUCACACUCAAUGAGUGGAGUUUCAAUAUGAGCUUCCCUUGAGUGUUAAUGCUGUAUUUGAAUAGCUGGAGGGUUAGUGUCGUACCUUACUAUGUGACUACUCACCCUCCAGCUAUUCAAAGACAGCAUUAACACUCAAGAAAAGUUCAAAUUGAACCUCCACUCAUUGAGUGUGAGUGUGAGUGAGCUUUUAGAAUACGGGCGUGAGUCUCCAACAAGUUUAUGUAAAUGUAAACUAAAUACUAAAACAACAAUUUUUUAUGUAAAGUAUACAAAUGUGUACGGAAUGUUUUGUUCCUCUAGGUCAUGACACCAAAGCGAUGAGAAAUAACAGUGGUCCACGUAGCAAACGCAGCAAGCUGGAGAGAGAUAUUAACUCGGAUGUUAUAGCUUGUGUAUUUAUCUUGAUAUCACUGUGUUUAAUUUGUGCUAUUGGUAAGUACGGCAGUGAAUUUACUAUAGGAUGUACUAAUAUAUAACCAAAACGUUUUAAUAAUUGUAUUAUGUAAAAUACACAAUCCCUGAAUUCACCGAAUAAAUUUUGGAUAUGGUUAGUGCAAUGAUAAUAAGAGGUUUUCAAUAAUAAUAGGUGUAUUGACAGUAUCGUAAUUGUUUUAUAUCAGAGGUAGAAUGACGUCUUAAAAUCAUCACGUACUUGUUUGAGUUGUCCCAGAAUCCAUCCAGACUAUUUCCUCUAUAUGUUCUUAUCUUAAAUGUCGAGUGUACAUGUUCCCGAGCUCACCCAUUCAAACGUCAGGCAGUUCAAUAUAAAAUUGUGUCGAAUACGUCGGAACCAUUGGCAUUGGUACCUAAUUCACACUGCAGAUAACUCACUUACUAGUGACUACUGGUCUGAUAAUGUAUGCAUAGAAAUCUAACAAACGUAACCAUGCAUACUUUUUUGUAUGUUGGUGAAUUAUGUACUAAGGUGAAUAUAAUGUUUGUUAUGUUACUCUUAGUGUGCAUCCACAACGCGGGCAAGAUGAAAAGUUUGAUAAACAAAACGUAUCAUAUCUUAGAAUACAUUGAUAUCGAAGGAACUCGACUCAGUUCCGAAAUAUCACCAACUCGAACCGAUUUGACCUCGUAGCUCAGUUGGCAGAGCAUUGGACUAGUAUCCCAAGAGUCUCGGGUUCGAUUCCCACCGUGGUCAGGCAAACUUUUCAGCCUGCCCGGUGUGGGUGCACACUCAGAGUAACACCACAAACAAAACUUAUCCAUCUUUAUUUUUCUUCAGGAUGUGGAUUUUGGACUCAUAAUAACGAAGUGUUUGACCACCAGUAUACCCCAGAGUUGGACCUCGAUAACGAAGAUGUGAUACAACGUGAACCUGCUUUAGAAGGUUUUGUGAGGUUUUGGACAUAUAUCAUAGUUUUUCAGGUACAUAUACAUACAAGUGGUGUGUACUUCGCUACUUUUGUUUAUUUUGAAACAUGAAGAUAUAAACGUAUAUACAUUAUUUGAUAGUGUCAAACUGGGAUCAGUCAUCAAUCUAUUCAUAUGCGGCUAAGGCGAAAUCAUACCCAAACAACUGCAUAUUACAGAAAUCGAACCUCGAUUACAGAGAUGAAACUAUAUAACAAACAUACUUGCAGGGAGGUGAGUCCGGGAUUGGACGCACCGAGGGUGGCUGGAAGUUUCCCGAACUCGGUUCGGAAAACUUCCAGCCACCCGAGCUGCGUCCAAUCCCGGACUCACCGAACCUGCAAGUAUGUUUGGUUUUUAUCACAUGCCAUUUUGGUAAAAUACUAAAAAGUACUGAAGAAUUUUAUACGCAUUUUACUGUUUAGUAUAUAAUUUCGUGUUUGGAUAACGAACAUUUUAGCCGCCGACAUACUACGCAAACAAACAAACUUAGGCUUAAAUUAUAAAGCUAAAAGAAUUCUCUACAAUACUCCCUUAUUCUUCAAAAGAGAAAAUGAACACAUUCUGCGAAAACAAUGCCAAGAUUUAUAUAAACCUGCCCGUGCCGAACAAAUUUCGGCGGCCAUCUUUCUUUUUUUCCACUUUGAAUGCAGAAUAUUCCAUUUUUAUCACACAAAAUAAAAAAUAAUAAUUAUAAAACAAUUAAAAACAGUUAAUUUAUUUUUUUAUUGAAAUCUUCGUCUGAAUUUUGUUAAAAUCGCUUCAUAAUGGCCGCCGCCAAAACAUCGAUCUCGAACCCACCUCCUAAACUUACGUCAGCAGGUGGGUUCGAGAUUGAACGCACCUCCUCGUAGCCAAUAGGAAAGCCGCUAAUACGCUAGGUAUGAGAUAAAUGUACAUGCACUGGUCAUGAUUGUACCACCAACAUCACAUCCAGUAUACAGUCUCAUCAUUGUUAGUCGCUUCAAGUACACUCACUCUUGAUGUACUUGGUAACCAACAAUAGUCUGGGUUGCCGAAAGCUCUGUGGCAGCGGGAAAAAUUGUCCCAAACCCGCAACCCAAUCUGUGUGAGUGCCAAAUAUUGAACGGGAUAUUUCUUAAGUAGGAGCUUUUCCUCAAGUUGGGACCAUGCAUAGCUCCUUUUAAAUGAGUGCGACCUCUCUUGAGGAAUAUGACAUCAUAGAGACCCCCGGAAAAACUUCACACCCACAAAAUCUCUCAACGACGACGGUCCUGUGUAUAGUGUCUUCAAUUUUCUCUAGGUAUUAAUUCCGAUAUCAUUGUACGUGUCUGUUGAAAUUGUGAAACUUGGUCAAUGUUAUUUUAUAACGAAUGAUGUGGAAAUGUAUUUUGAAGAAAAAGAUCAACCCGCAUUAUGUCGGGCACUAAAUAUUAAUGAAGAUCUAGGACAAAUUAAAUACGUCUUUUCUGAUAAGACUGGAACUUUGACGGAAAAUAAAAUGGUGUUCAGACGUUGUACUAUUGACGGAAAAGAUUUUUCUCAUAAAACCAGAUGUUCUCAAGGUAAUUUUAUUGUAUAUAUAGAGUUAUAUACUUUCAGCUUCGCUGUUUAAAGAAAAUUUGUUCUUGUAAAGUAGCAUGUGCAUGUCUUAUUUGAAAUAGAUGACCUAACGGACGAAGCAUUACCACAAGGAACCCACAGCAUGGAUGAAACGGUAAGUAGUAGUAAUGUAAGCUAGAGAGCACUCGGAGACUACAUACCUCCGACAGACACCUCCUCCGAUAGGGUGCGACACCCCAUCCCCCAUGUACCGAAGUUACGGCCUUGAUAGAGGUCAAAAUUUAGAUUUGACCUCUACUACCGCUACCUCUCACAGGCUUAAUACGCAUUUCAUUGGUUAAGUUAUUACUUCCUUAACUUUGACAUUGUUAGGACUUCCCUGAUACUUCGUGGGAUCAUGAACUUGCUGAACAGAUAAAAAGUACUUCCAGUGGGGAUGCAACAUCACCGAUUAAGGAAUUCUUUACAUUGCUAGCAAUUUGUAACACUGUCGUCGUAUCGUCGGCUGGCAACCAUAUGAAUGACGUCACUAUCUCUUUAGCCAAUGAGGAAGAACCAGGUGACAGUGCAGAUGGUGCUACAAAUGAAAUGUAUUUAAAUGGAAGAAUAGAAACAAAACAAGUUUCAUCAGAAUCAAAAGAACAUUCAUCUGUAGAUGAAAAUCAUGCAAAAAUUUUAUCUUACGAAGCUGAAUCGCCAGAUGAAGCAGCUUUGGUACAAUCUGCUAACAUGUACGGCUACAAAUUAUUAUCUCGAGGUUCAGAUAGCAUAACUAUUGAAGUACCUGAAGAAGGCGUUGUGAAAUAUCAUCUUCUUCAUGUCUUAGUAUUUGACUCAAUCCGCAAGAGAAUGUCAGUGAUAGUUCGUCGUGAGAAUGAUGACAAGAUUAUUAUGUAUUGUAAAGGUGCAGAUACUACAGUGAUACCUCAGUUAUCUAGACAUAGUAAGACCAAGACAUUGAAGCAUCGUGAUACCGUGGAUGCAGUGGAUGGGAAGGUAGUUGAAGAGACGGAGGAUGUGUCUUUGGUUGAAAUAACGGAAACGCAUCUUAAUGUUUACGCAAGAGAAGGUCUAAGAACGCUCUGUAUGGCGAGAAAGGUAGUGUUAAUGUAGUCAGUUAAUGAAAAUAAUUUGGUUAAAGCUAACUUCCUUGGACUGUCUCAGGUUGUCCCCAUGCGACAGAAGCUGGUACUGUACUUGUUUAUCAGCGGAGUCACUUGGGGAAAAAAAUAGUAAGGAUAGGUCGUGAACUAUUUGUUCAAUCGAGUAAAGUGCCAACAAAAUCUUGAGAUUGAUUCAAAAUUAGCUCAGUUUAGGCUAACCCACAUUCAGAGAUAUGUACAUAACCCUUAUCGGAUCUGGAGUAAAUGAUCUAACAUUGCUAAAAUGUAUUUUGGUCCCAGUGUUAUCAGUAGGAAAUGAUAUCUCGUACUGUACAAUUUUCUUCGUUUAAUUAUUUAUAUAAUACUUACAUGUUCAAUUGUUUCUUACUCCUCAUGAUCGUCAUCUUCACCAUCAUCACUUUGGAAAGUUUUAGAAUGUAGAUACAUGUACGUGUGUUGUGAUUUUCUAGGAAUUAAGUGAGGAAGAUUAUCGUAAUUGGUUAUCGGAACACGAGAAGGCCGAAAUAUCUCUAUACAAUCGUGAAGAGUUGUUGCAAGAUUCCUACUGUCGAAUUGAACGCGAUAUGGAGUUGCUUGGAGCAACUGGUAUUGAGGAUAGAUUACAGGAAGGUGUUCCUGAGGCUAUUGCUACAUUGCGUGCAGCUGGACUCAAAGUUUGGGUUCUGACUGGCGACAAACAGGUAAAAAAAAUACAG